AUGCCCACCUCGCCCCAGCCCCUCUCCCCGACACCCCGUCGCUGGAGAGCAAACACAGGCUCGCCCCACCCCGACAUUGCGUCCCUCCUCAACACCUACGAGCCAGGAGGCAACUCUGCCACCAUCACCCUGCCCCCCUUGCCCCCAUCUGAAUCGUCCUACACCCAGAGUUCCGGCUCCUCCAACUGGGCCACACCCAAAACCAGCGCCACGAGGCGCACUCUAGAGCAGAGAGAGGAGGAGGAGGAGGAGGAGGCAGAGGUAGAGUAUAUGACCACUUCUGAUAGCCUCGAGCGAGACACGCCCGAUAUCAGGACCACCUCGCCCUCGCCCCAGCGACCCCUCGAGUCAUACAGGUCGGACGCCACGCUCAGUCCGCUUCUGGCGCCUAGUCGCGGUCGACUGUUUGGCGAGGACGCGUCUUCCACUUUGGGCAAGGCCCACGCUCGAGCCAUUCGUGAGUCCUUUGCUUUUUCUGAACUGGACGCCGGCUCAUGCGAUGAAGCGCGAGAGCAGACCAGCUCGAACAAUUCCGGGACGGUGACGCCCACAAACCCUAUACCCCCUCAAGUCACUGGCCAGUCUACAGCGACCAUCGACGCGGCUUAUGAUGGCGUCUUUUCACAGCUCGAUGUGCUCGCUGGUGCCAAAACCAACUCUCCUCCUCGCCCGACUCACACCCGAGGCGCAUCCGACCCUGGUUCCAACGUCUGGCAGCCAACGCCCCUCCGCCAGCCGCUUGUCGGGCUUGGCCUGAGUUUUCCCGAGGAAAGGCAGUAUGGCGCAUCAGAAUUCUCUAGACUGUCGACAGUCAGUGAAAGGACAGAGCGGAGUACAAUGACAGGCAUGAGCCAUCAGCUCAGCCCUACCGUACCGGGAGCUUUCCAAAUACGCUCUCAUUCCGACGCUAGUGCGGCAAGAUAUCCUCUUCCACCCAGUCCUUCUAGACCUCCGCGCACGACAGGGACACCUGGCGCUGGAGCUCCAGUUACGCCGAAAAAGACGAGCGACCUCAUCAAGAUGUUUGAGAGCAAGUCUACGCCUGGAAAGGGCGAUGUACCGGCUGUGCCCCAGCCUACUUUUGCGCCGUCCCGUGCUCCGCCUUCCCCUUCGUCCCGCCCCCCUCCGACGCCCAUUAAAACCGACCCCUUAUUCAGCCCUCCUACACUCCCCAACCCACCCCCUGUUCCCACUUCUAGACCCACAACAGCCCCCACUCCACCGCCUAAAACUGGCUCGCCAUUGUCGUCAGUCCGCACCAUGAUUGCUUCUUGGCGCUCUAAAUCUAGUGCUGGCUCUGGCUCGGGGUUUGGUGGCAAGCGCCAGGCAAACUCGCGCGAGAGCUCCCCGGGCCUUUCGAGGGGUGGUGAUAAGGGGUGGAACGUCAGUAUCAGGAGGAGGAAAAGGCACGAGAAGGAGCUGGCGGAGAGGGAGGCGCAGGAUCAGGCCGAGCAGGCAGAGAAGGAUAGGAAGGAGGCAGAGUUUAUGAUAUCAGAAGAAGAAGAGAAAGAGGUAUCGGGGGAGGAAGAACAGGUGCCCAGUAGGACCAGUUCGCUCAAGUCUUCGACAAGAUCUGCCUCAGAGCCGAAACAGCUCACCGGUGAUCUUAUCCGGUCCGGCCCGCUGUACUAUCUCAACGUCCACGAUGAGACCAAAGACGAGUUUGAAUGGAUUCGAGCUGACGGUAGGAUGUAUAACGAUGGGAUAACACUUUCUUGGGUCACUAGUGGACGGGGGACUGCGAAUGUGACACUCGAUCUGGAGAAUUGCGAUGUCCGAACAAUCCGAUGGCGAAAGAAGAUCUCGGAGCUGUUGCUGCGAGGAGACAGGGCGAGCUGGCCGAUAACCUCUAUCCAUUUAAACUGGCAAGUGUACGAUGAUGGAGUCGAGCGCCUUGCCUGUGACAGUGCCCGAGACAGAGUCCGCUGGGUCAACGCCAUUUGGACCGUCCUCGAGCACACUCGCGCUCCUACGCUCGACCGCGACAUGUCUCUCCGCGCCAACAAGUCAUCAUCUGACCACGCCAGCGAUACUGGCUCUUCCUCCACCCACUUCGCCACUGAUAAACCUCAUCCUUCGCCUCACAGCAGUGCUUCUCAUAACUCGUAUACUACCGACGAUGCGGUGAUCGAGACUUCUGGCGGUCUUCAUGCUCCCAUAGUCCAGCGGGGUAGUCGAAAGCUCGCUGCUCCAGGUCUGGAGCGGCUCCGGUCCUUACGAAGGGUCGCGAGCGAAGCAGACCUCCGGGAUUCUGCCAGCGAAAUCUCUAUGCCUGUGACCACGACUACUCACGAUCUGCCACUUACAGCCGCGAAUGCUCAAAGGCCUACCGCACGAGACUUUACAUUUGCCAGGGGCAUCAAACCCCCUUCGAUGGCCUCGGAGGGUGAAGUGGCGAGUACGUGGAAUAUACCCAUGCAAGGUGGUGCCACUUUGACCCCCGCUUCUGGGUUCCACUCUCUCGAAGGGUCUAGUCGUCGAUCAGCCCCAUCAGAGUCGGUAUUCUCUCCCCAUACGCCUGCUUCGACGUUUCCAAGAGCGCCGCCCUCAGAGUCGGCUUUCACUACUGCUUCGACUUUUCGCGAGGCGCCUCCUUCGGACCAUACCGUUCGAGCGCCCUCUUCUACUCAUGGCGGUACAAUGUAUACCGCUAGACCGCCUAGUAUGGCUGCAUCCACGCCUGCUUACACGGCGGCGCAGUUGCCUCCUUCAGAAAAGAGUACUGCCCGAGUUCCGCCUGGGAUGCCUCCCAUGCCGUCUACAGCUACUACUUCAACGGGCCAUGGCUCUAGUACGCUAUACACAUCAGCAAUGUUGUCGACGCCGGCUUCGUCUUGGUCAGCGCCUUCAAUGAAGACCGCCCGGCCUGGAAAGGACACCCCAAGAGCAGCCGAGCAGAUACUCGAAGAGCCCGUCUCGGAGACACUAAGCCCGGCUGCUACUUUUGCCAGUCCUUCUCUGAACCCCGCUUUCACCGCUCGACAACUUGCCACACCUACAGCCGUCCUAGCCCCUGGGCUAUCCGAUGUGGACACAGAAGGAUUGACCACAUCCAGCCAUACAGCUCGGCCUGGCACAUAUGCUGAUACUGCCCCGCCAGCUAGUAUAAAUCGCACUGCAGACGCGCCUUCCACUCCUGGUGCAACAGGUACUUGGCGCGAGCCUAGUCAUAUGCAGACUCCCCAAGCUGCUUCGUCUAGGGUCGAUUUACCUCGAGUCGCGGUCACGGGUGCUUCUCCUAGCGAAAGAAGCGUUGGGACAGCUCGGCUUGCGGCUAGCGAGCGCCCUGCUUGGACAGCGGAGCCCGGUACGCCUUAUAGAAACGGUCAGGCAUUGUCUACUGCUGGACUUUCUGCUCAGUAUACGACUGCUCCUGUUGCUACAGACUUCCAGUCGGUAGAAAACCUGCCGAGGGCCAGUAGUACCUAUACUGCUGCUGUCACUGGGACGGCAUCGCCUUUGCAAACUCCCAAGGCUCUUGUUGAGAGGCCAAGCUCUCGUUCUUCCAAGUCGAGCGACGUCUCUUACCAGUCGGCGCCGCCUCCAGUCCCUUCCCGGGAUUCGCAAUACUUUACCGCCUCGAUGGGCCCCAGCUCGAAAGCGAGCACUGGAAAAGCACCCAGCAUUCCUGCUGACACUCCACGCUAUCAGCUGUACGACGCUCCUGCCCCAUCUUUCAGUGAACGUCAUUCUGGCGCUUACGAGUAUGCCGCUCAAGGGAACGAUCAGACUUUUGUAACCGAUUUGCAGCCUUCGCCUUCGCAUGGGGAUACCUUCUAUGUAACCGACAACAGAUCCAGCUUUGUGACCCCGACAGCCACAUAUCAAUAUACCGACGCGAGGUCGGAAGCUCGCUCUACUGCCUCGCUUGAGACAGCUCCUACAUCCUCAGGAAAAAGUCCUCGCUCGUCCCAGUGGCAGACAGCCCCCCCCCCUCCCAUCUCCCACGACGCUCAGUCUACUGGGACGAAUACGCGUGACGCGGACGUCACAUCAUUCCGACGAGAAUCAAAAGCAUGGACACAGGUUAGUCAUCCCGAUUCGGAUGACGAGAUGCUGGCCGAGCUCGAGAGGCGGUCCAGUAAUGGUAGUGCUGCUUCGAGAAACAAGACUCUCUCUAUACCCGUGCCUCCUACCGCUUUCUCUGCCGCAAAGGAGCACUCGGCGUACAAUACAAUGCGAGAGAGUGUAUAUGCCCCACCUGCUUCUUGGGACAGCCCGCGCUUCCAUUCGGGCCUUUCGCAAGCAACGCUGUUCUCUACUGCUCCCGGCAUAAUCUCGUAUUACACUACCAACGAUCCCAUGGCCACUCCGCAGCCUCCGCAAGCCAGUAUCUCUACAGCGUCCUCGGUGGCUUCCCCCAAAAAGAUAGCCAGAGUGCCACCACCACCAGUUGAAGUGGUUCAGCCCCCGCCCCCUUCUCCGACAUCUCAUACUGGUCAUUCUUCUUCGACUUCUUCAUACACGACUACAGACUCGAGUAGGACGGCCCGAGCGCAGGAGAACACCGAUGUCCUCCGCCUUCUGAAUUUCUUGAAAGGUCAAGAAAUGGCCAAAUCUGGCCAGACUACUCGCAUGGGCAACCAACUCGACAGGAUUGAGCGUGGUAUGACAAAGAUUGCCGAGAACCAAUCCGUGAUGGCUCGAGACUUGGCGCCUCCGCCGGUCCCUUCCAAAUCCGCUGAUGAUGAAACCACCCCUCCCUCGUCUCCUGCUUCAUCGACUUCGUCUGUCGAGACGGCACGUCCGGUUACCCCGCCUCCUCUUUUACUCCCCGAGGUGGUAAACUCACAGUUUGACGACCUGCGAAACCUCCUGGGUACGCUCAUCGGUCGCCAGGAAGAUAUUUUGGGUCGCCAGGAGCUUAUGGCGCAGGAGAUUGCCCGGGGAAGAAACCUCGCGGUCGAAUUUCCCGAACGCGCACCUGGACUGAUGAGGCUCGAGGACUUGCUCAAGCGAGUCCUGAACAAGGUCGGGGAUAGCGAGUUUACCGACGAGUACAUGUCUAUCCAAGACGAAAAGAUGAGCGCUUAUGCUCGCUCAAAUCUUUCGACGCCAAAGACUAUGGGUACCAAGGAUGGCUCCCUCUACGAUGGUAGUAGCAGUGUCCACUCUGGAGAGUUCGCUGGGCAUGGAAGGCGUGCUCCUGCCAACAGUGUCACUUCGGAGCAAGAGCGCCGAAAUCGGCCGCUCAGUGGCAUUUCCGACUCUCUUCUCGAAGGACAUCUGGGCUCGCCAGACUUUGACGAGGACUUUGCUCUCUCAGGUCUACCCCCCGACACUCCCCCGCAAGAAUUUGUCGCUCGGCAGCUGCAUGGCCCCCCUACCUUCUUGCACCGCAAUCCUCGACAAGCUCCUCACAUGGCUACUCCUUUACAACAGCCUCGCGCUCAACAGACUCCCCAGCACGCUCCCAUGCAGGAAUAUCAGGAACCCCAGUACUACCAAGAUGAGGAGUCUGAGCAAGAGCCUGAAGAGCCCAUGACCGAGUAUGAGCCUUCUGAAGCCGCGCUCGAGCGUGAAGCCACCCCCGUCCCGAUUCUCAAGGACAUCAGUCCCCGAGAGUCGCCUGUUCAACCUCCCGUCCCAUACCGUACUGAAGAUGAUUAUCAAGAUGACCGACGGCCUUUUGAAGACGAUCAGUAUGAUCGAAACCCUACUCGACAGCUGCCCGCACCACAAAAACUCGAUCUUCCAACUCCAGUCAACUCUCCUCGGAACAUGCCACCCCAAUUUUCGCAACCCGGUCCUUCCAUGCGCCCGCCUUUCCCACCCGGCCCUGGCAUGUUCCCUCCUGGUCCUGGUAUGAGCGAAAUGUCUAGACCUUCUUUGCCUAGGAUUGCCGGUGUUCGAGACCCUAUUUCUACUACUUACUUCCGACGAGGGUUCCCCCCUGGCCCCAUGGGAAUGGGUAUGUUUCCCGGCCCUAUGGGUAUCCCUGGUCCUGGUAUGGGUCCGCAUAUGCCUGGUCUUCGUCCUGGUCUCAACGGUUAUGGUGGCCCGCUCGGUCCUAACGUCAAUCCUAGUCUUCGUCGUCCCGGCUUCUUCCCUCCUGGUGUCACCAGUACUACUGGCGAUUACGGUCUCCCUGCUGCUGCUUAUCAAGGCUUGAACAACGUCCCAGGCGGUCCUGAUGCUCCACAGGGUCUCGCACCGCCUAUCUCUCGUACGCACCUCUCGAGCACGUCUGACACUGGUCUUGGUAAUACGACAACGGAAUCUACGGUCUCUACACCUUCUGUACUCACGGAAGAAAUUGUCACCCCGGCUACUGCGCACACGCAUAUGGCUGAACCUGUGCACGUUUCUGUGACUACCACUGCACCCCCUACACAAGCCGCGCCUACUACGCUUGGUGCCUCUACGAUGGCUCUUCCUUCUACCCCCGGAUCUAUGACAGACGGUAUGACCGCGUCAGAAAACGAAAUUAUUAUGACGGACAGUGGUUCCGGUGGUAUUUUGGACACCGCUAUGGCUCUUGCUCAAGGUGACCAGCAGAAUGAAAUGUCCCGCUAUCUUCACGGUAUGAGCGAUCAGAUCGCGGAUGGCACGCAUGCUACUCAGAACCAACUCGGAAACAUCUUGAACGACAUUGCUGCUCUUCGUGAGCAGCUCAAGCCCAAGCAUGUAGCUGCUCGAGUCCUUUCGGAUGGUACAGUGACAUUGGACAAUGGCGAUAUUAUCGACGGCAUCAGAGGAGUUCCUGCCCCUACCAUUGCCGGUGCUCCUUCUCUUCCCCCACCCCCUGCUACCGCAACCCAUGUAGAAGGAAGGAUAUUGCCUGAUGGCACGGUCAUGGUCGGCGGCAGGAUUGUCGAUGGCAUCAAGGGUGCUCCUUCUGCACCCUCGCCUUCUCUUGCCGCCGUCACAGCACUUGAGGAAGAAAUCAUAGAGGAAGAGAACAAGAAUCUGGAGCAAGAUAAGAAACUGGCCGAACUUCAAGAGAAGAUUGAGGAACUCAUCAAAAGCAGUGCGCCCCGAUCAGAGACCCGUAUAUUCGAAGAGGAAGAGGUCAUAUCCAUGAGGAACAAUGGUUCACCAGCUGUUGCCCCAACCGAAUAUGCUGCUACCACUCCUGGUACCGCCUCUACUGUGCUGGGACCCUCAGCUUCCGUCGCCCCUGAAGGAUCUUACAUUCCUACCGCUUAUGGUCCAUCUGUCCACCCCACUGUUGCUGGUGCACCUCUCUACACCCCUAGCAAGUCAUCCCAGGAUCGUACCGUCAUCCGAGAGCGCGAGAUCGUUCGUGAAGGACCACAUGGAAAACAGAAAGAGGUCGUAUUCGAAGAAGAUUUGGCUAGAGAGACUGGGACUGUUGCUCCAGGCGAUACUAUCGGUGGAUCCGUCGCCGGCUCCUUGCCGGCUGAGGGUACGGUAGCUCAUACUUUGCCUCCUGGUACUGUCGUCGCUGAGGGUACUUUGCCUCCUGGUACUGUCGUCGCUGAGGGUACUUUGCCUCCUGGAAGCGUCUACCCGUCGGCUCCAGGUACUAUGGCUCCUGGUACAAUCGCCGGAAGCGUUCAUCCAGGUACCACAAUGCCCCCUGGUAGUGUACACCCAGGUACCGUCGCUCCUGGUACUGCAGCUGGAAGUGCGUAUCCUGGAACAGCUAUGGCGCCUGGGACGGUGGCUGGAAGUGCCUACCCCGGAACGGCUGCACCAACUGUCAUGGGAGAUCCGUCUGUCGUGGGAUCACCGACCCCGACCCGCAUCAACCCUAGAACUGGACGACCAUUGACGAUCCCUACAGCUCUCUCCCAGCAUACGAUGUCUCCUAUACAAUCAGAGUUCCAAGGCCCGCCCACUCAUCCCCAGCAGCUCAUUCGAGAGGAGCACGAGGAAAUCAUUCACAGACCUAUUGAAGGAGGACCUCCAGUCACCACCCAUAAUACAAGUCGCACUUACACUCAACUCCCUCCUGGCACUCAGCCUGCUGGGUCCGGCGGCGUUGUGCCGGGCAGCGUUGCCGGAACUGCGCUCCCAACGGGAGCACCACUCCCUUCCGCCCACCCGUCCGCUCCAGCCACAGUCUUUGCCGACCCUGCGGGCCAUCCGUCUGGUCCAACUCAUACCAUCCCUCCCAUGUCCGUCCACCCUCCGUCAAGCGACGCCGGUGGGCCCUUCGCGCCAGAUAUUGUCCCCGGCGCUCACUACUCUGACCACCAGAGUGUUGUCGCACAGCCGCCACCAAACAUUCCCGCCGAGUACAGCGCCCAUGAAUCAGCAACAAUGGCACCAGGACCUAUCCCAAUCGAUACACAAAAUGCCUCGAUCCAUCAUACCCAGCAUCCUGGUUCUUAUGCGGCCCACCCAACAGCAGCUCCAACACAACUGGGAGAUGCUCCUGCCCAUGCUCCCACUACAGCUGCCAACGUCCCAUCUCGGGCUGCGACUGCGGCCCCAUCCGUUGCCGCCCCAUCCGUUGCCAGCGGGUUUGCAGACCCACACAUUCCCUCAUCUCACGCUCCCAGCAACGUUCCCAGCCAUCAUGCCGGGCCGGAAUUGUGGGACACGAACCACGCCAAGCCAGUCAGCGACAAGCCCACUGAGCUCUCCAAUGUUCCCACUGGCCAAGUUGCUGACCCGGCAAAUGCUCCUCAUGGUGCUGCAGCUACUCAUCCUCAUUCAGCGAUGGCCGACCCCUCUGUGGCUGCCUCUUCAGACUCUGCUAAAAAGAACGGAGUCCACUGGGGCGAUAGAAUGCCUAUCAAGGACGUUCCUCUGGUUCCUGGACGAAGCCCAAAGCCCUCAGCUCCUAGCCUACCCCCUGCCACAGAGCUGUCCAAUGUCCCCAGUGAGAGCGUCUCCGACCCUACCGACAAAGCUCUUCCGGCCGACCCAGCCAUUGCUGCAAGUCAGCACGGUGAUGAUGCUCAUACUGCCACCCCUGCCGCGCCUGCUCACACCGGAGAGCCCCACACCAAAUCGCCACUUUCAGGCAUUCUUCGCAAGCCAGUGCCCGAAUCUGAACAUGACACUAGAGUCUCCGAUACGGCGCAUGUGGCUGGACCGCCCACUAUGGCUGAGCUUCAAAGUGAAGGUCGGGAUCUCACAGCUUAUCCGGGAGGGCAGACCGUUCACGUCCCACCUCGCCCAGCUUCCGCUGCUUCACACAAUAAGCUCCAAAAGCGCUUCCCAGCCCCCGGUCAAGGAAGCAUGCACGAUCCCCGAGAGCUGGCUGGGAAUGCUCCUGUUGGAAGUCAUACCACACCUUCUCACGGUGACCACAUUUCCGCUAAAGAUCCGUCAGAGAUUUCUCAUGCUGCUGGUACCCACAAGUCUGCGGACAUUCCUAUCCUCGAGAAGGUCACUCUACCUGAUGGCACAGAGGCGUAUGUGAGAAGUAAUCCUGCUACGACCCUCGGCCCCUCAAGACCUGGCACGGCGUUGGCUCCUUCCAGACCAGGCUCUGCUAUGGCUCACAACUACCCAGCGUCUUCUCAUCCUCAUGACGACCAUGAUACUUCCCACGCAGGGCACCAUGAAGUCGCACCACUCGGCACACGACCUCCCAGUGCUCUCACCGCUUCGACUGGUCACCUGAGAACGACCCCACCCGGUGUAGGCAGCGAUAGAGAUGCCCCCAUCGGUACCAUGGCCGACGCUCCCAAGUCGGAAGCGGGUGGCGCUCACAGCCAUGGCCCCAGUGAGUCUGAUCUGGGACGUGGUCACUGUAGUGUUUGCUGUCCUCAUGGUGCGCGACUGGAGAACAAGAUUCCCAUAGAGGCCUGUGAGCAUCAGAACGGAGCUCUGGGUGACGCUAUCCCGGGAACGACCAGCAAGCCCGCCACACCUUCUGGUCCCCGCUCUCACAGGUCUAUCGCCCCGACCAUCAGAGCGCUUUCCGCACAGUCUGUUCACACGCCUGCCUCUGAACACCCGCACCACCAGGAUGAGGUAGAUCCGUUCAAUAUGCACGACGGUACGGCUAGAGAGCCUUCGGUAGGAGGCGGGCUGAGCAAGGGAAGCAAGACACCUACUCUUUCUCUCGAGGAGGAGGCUUUGGAGGAUGCCAGAAGACUCGCUGUCAAACAGAAGGCAGCGGCGGAACAAGCAGCCUCAGAAAAGUCUGAAAGAGAUCUGAAGAUGGCUGAGAAAGAAGAAAAGAGGCGGCUGGCGGAUGAAAGGCACGAGCAAAACAUGGAGGCAUUGACCAAUCUGCAGAAGAUGCUUGAUCUGUUAUCGUCCGACCACGCAUCUUCGAAAUCUUUGGAGGGUGACCGAGAACAAGAAAAGAAGAAGAGGAGAGAAGACAAGGCGGCGAGAGAUGAGAUCAUGGUCAAGGCCUUGGACAAACUCAUGGGCGAUAGAGAGGAUGCAAAGAAGAAGGCUGUCGCGGACGAAAAGAAGCCCAGUUUUCAAGCAAUCUUGGACGCUCUCAAGAAUUCCGGAGAAGGCCAAGCUGCCUUCCUGAAGAAACUUGCGACAGAACUCAUGGAGAACUCGUCCAACCAACACAAAGAGACUCAGACUGCUGUCAAGGCGUCCGCGCGCGAGCAAGUCGGGUUCAAUGUUGCAGGAUACCUUGAUGAGUUCUCAAAGGCGUUGUCAAGUGAAGUCAGGGUGCUGUUAAACGAGGUCGGCAAUCUUCGCGAGUCCAGGAGGGCGCUCUACAUGGAACUGGCCGAGCUUCUGUUGAUGAAGAACAGACAGUCCCAGGGUGAUCUAAUCGCGCUGUACCCUAUGGACCCCAAGUUCAUGGAGAAGACAAAGAAGGAGGAGCCACCCAAGGAGAAGCCCCCAGCGCCCCCUAUGCCGCCUCUAUGGCCUGGUUGGGGUCCGCCCAUGCCCAUGCCCAUGCCUCCAAGCGUCCGUCCACUCACCACUCCCAUGCAGCCACCACUUGCUGGCGAAGCCGCUCCCCCUCCCCCUCCUCCCCAUCCCUCCCUGUACAACCUCCCUCUCCCCAUUGUAUAA